AUGUCCAAGGGCUUGAAGAAGAAAAGCCACUGGACGAGCAGAGUCCACGAGAUCGUGAUCGUGAGGAACGCGGAGGGACAGCUGGGCUUCGAGCUGAAGGGGGGCGCCGAGAAUGGGCAGUUCCCCUACCUGGGGGAAGUGAAGCCCGGCAAGGUGGCCUAUGAGGGCGGCAGCAAGUUGGUACCGGAGGAGCUGCUGCUGGAGGUGAACGAGACCCCCGUGGCCGGGCUCACCAUCAGAGAUGUGCUGGCCGUCAUCAAGCACUGCAAGGACCCCAUCCGCCUCAAGUGCGUCAAGCAAGGAGGCAUUGUUGAUAAGGACCUUCGUCACUACCUCAACCUACGGUUCCAGAAAGGUUCAGUGGACCAUGAGCUCCAGCAGAUCAUAAGAGACAAUCUCUACCUCCGCACAGUGCCAUGCACCACAAGGCCACAUAAGGAGGGGGAAGUCCCUGGUGUGGACUAUAUUUUCAUCACUGUUGAAGAUUUUAUGGAAUUGGAGAAAAGUGGUGCUCUCCUAGAAAGUGGAACAUAUGAAGACAACUAUUACGGCACUCCGAAGCCUCCAGCAGAACCUGCUCCGUUGCUGUUAAAUGUGACAGACCAGAUCCUCCCAGGUGCCACUCCCGGGGCUGAAGGCAAGCGUAAAAGGAAUAAGUCUGUGAGCAAUAUGGAGAAGACAGGCAUUGAACCACCAGAGGAAGAAGAGGAAGAAAGACCUGUGGUCAAUGGAAAUGACGUGACAGUAACACCAGAAUCAAGUGAGCAUGAAGACAAGAGUACAGCUGUCUCAGGUGAGGCAUCUACCACCCAGCCUUGUCCUGCAACAGGAUAUGGUCAACCUGAAGAAGCAAAGGAGGAUAUGGAUGUAACAAAACAGACUAAACCUGAAGAGAAUGAUGACUUGGGCCCACUGCCUGAUAACUGGGAAAUGGCUUAUACAGAAAAGGGGGAGGUCUACUUUAUUGACCAUAACACAAAGACAACAUCAUGGCUGGAUCCACGACUUGCGAAAAAGGCUAAACCUCCAGAAGAGUGCAAAGAAAAUGAGCUUCCAUAUGGCUGGGAGAAAAUUGAUGAUCCCAUUUAUGGCACUUAUUAUGUUGACCACAUAAAUAGAAGGACUCAAUUUGAAAAUCCUGUCCUAGAAGCCAAAAGGAAGAUACAGCAGCAUAACAUGCCCAACGCAGAACUUGGAACAAAGCCUAUGCAGGCCCAAGGUUUCCGAGUAGAAAGCUCCUCAUCAACCUUACCUAGACCCCAGUUUGCCCGCCUGCGCCCCGCUGCCAGGAGGUCCCGCAGCGUGAAUGACCUGUCGCAGAGCCGGCGCGACCCUGCCGGGGCGUGCGGGCUGUACGAAAAACCACUCUUCACCCGUGAUGCAUCACAGCUGAAGGGGACUUUCCUCAGCACAACUCUUAAGAAAAGCAACAUGGGUUUUGGAUUUACCAUCAUUGGUGGGGAUGAGCCAGAUGAGUUUCUCCAGGUGAAGAGUGUAAUUCCUGAUGGGCCUGCAGCGCAAGAUGGGAAAAUGGAAACAGGUGAUGUGAUUGUCUAUAUUAAUGAAGUUUGUGUCCUUGGACAUACUCACGCAGAUGUAGUCAAACUCUUCCAGUCUGUUCCUAUUGGUCAGAGUGUCAACUUGGUGCUAUGUCGUGGAUACCCUUUGCCCUUUGAUCCUGAAGAUCCUGCCAACAGCAUGGUGCCACCCCUUGCAGUAAUGGAGAGGCCUCCGGUAGUGGUAAAUGGAAGACAUAACUAUGAAACUUAUUUGGAAUACAUUUCUAGGACUUCUCAGUCUGUUCCAGACGUAACAGAUCGACCACCACACUCCUUGCACUCCAUUCCAGCAGAUAGUCAGCUUGAUAGCACAUUCCCACCACCUGCCCAUGAUGAUAAUGUAUCAAUGGCUUCUUCUGGGGCCACCCAAGCUGAACUCAUGACCUUAACCAUUGUGAAAGGGGCCCAGGGCUUUGGCUUCACUAUAGCAGACAGUCCUACAGGACAGAGGGUGAAGCAAAUUCUAGACAUUCAGGGAUGUCCUGGUUUGUGUGAAGGUGACCUCAUUGUUGAGAUCAACCAGCAGAAUGUACAGAACCUGAGCCAUGCAGAAGUAGUGGAUAUACUUAAAGAAUGUCCUGUUGGAAGUGAAACUUCUUUGAUUAUCCAUAGAGGAGGUUUCUUUUCUCCAUGGAAAACUCCAAAGCCUAUGAUGGAACGAUGGGAGAAUCAAGGCAGCCCUCAAACAAGUGUGUCUGCUCCAGCUAUGCCACAGAAUAUUCCCUAUCCACCCACUCUUCACAGGAGUUCAUUUCCUGAUUCAACAGAGGCCUUUGAUCCACGAAAACCGGACCCAUAUGAGCUGUAUGAGAAAUCAAGAGCUAUUUAUGAAAGUAGGCAACAAGUGCUGCCCAGGACUGGUUUUCGAGCGGAUUCCUCUGGUCCUGAUUACAAGGAGCUGGAUGUUCACCUUCGGAGGAUGGAGUCUGGGUUUGGCUUCAGGAUCUUGGGAGGAGAUGAGCCUGGGCAGCCUAUUCUCAUCGGAGCAGUAAUUGCCAUGGGCUCAGCAGACCGAGAUGGUCGUCUCCAUCCUGGUGAUGAGCUGGUGUAUGUAGAUGGGAUUCCAGUGGCCGGCAAAACCCACCGAUAUGUGAUUGAUCUUAUGCAUAACGCUGCCCGAAACGGGCAGGUGAAUCUUACUGUGAGGAGAAAGGUGCUACCCACGGAGUCCUCCAGCCAGAAAGGUGCCCCCGCGCCUGGUGCGACGCCCCCUCGCAGCUCCCCCAGCGCGAGGAAAAUGGCCAAUAACCAAGGAGAGCCCUGCCCAGAGAAUGGCAGAAGCCCAGGCUCGGUGUCUACACACCACAGUUCUCCAAGAAGUGACUACACGACUUAUGCCAACAGCAAUCACGCUGUCUCCAGCAGCAAUGCUACACCCCCCGAGGGCUUCGCGAGUCACAGCCUGCAAACCAGUGACGUGGUGAUCCACCGCAAGGAGAACGAAGGCUUUGGCUUUGUUAUCAUCAGCUCCCUCAACAGGCCCGAGUCUGGCUCCACAAUAACUGUACCCCAUAAAAUAGGGCGGAUAAUUGAUGGAAGUCCUGCGGAUCGCUGUGCAAAACUUAAAGUUGGAGACCGGAUCUUAGCUGUGAAUGGCCAGUCUAUUAUUAACAUGCCUCAUGCAGAUAUUGUGAAGCUAAUUAAAGAUGCAGGUCUCAGUGUAACUCUUCGCAUCAUUCCUCAGGAGGAGCUGAACAGCCCAGCCUCAGCACCCAGCUCGGAGAAGCAGAGCCCCAUGGCCCAGCAGCACAGCCCCAUGGCCCAGCAGAGUCCCCUGGCACAGCAGAGCCCCGUGGCCCAGCACAGCCCCGUGGCCCAGCCACCGCCUCCACAGCCCCUCCAGCCACAGGGGCACGAGAACAGCUACAGGUCAGAAGUAAAAGCCAGGCAGGAUGUGAAGCCUGAUAUCCGGCAACCCCCGUUUACAGACUACAGGCAAUCCUCCACGGACUACCGGCAGCCCCCGCUGGACUACCGGCACCCCCCGGUGAUGGAUUACCAGCAGCCACCACCACUGGACUACAGGCAGCCCCCCUUGAUGGAUUACAGACAACACUCCCCUGACACCAGGCAGUACCCCCUGUCCGAGUACAGGCAGCCCCAGGACUUUGAUUAUUUCACCGUUGAUUUGGAGAAAGGAGCCAAAGGGUUUGGGUUUAGUAUUCGAGGAGGAAGGGAGUACAAAAUGGAUUUGUAUGUGUUGAGGUUAGCAGAAGAUGGACCAGCAAUAAGAAAUGGAAGGAUGAGGGUAGGAGAUCAAAUAAUUGAAAUCAAUGGAGAAAGCACAAGGGACAUGACACAUGCCAGAGCAAUAGAGCUAAUCAAGUCUGGUGGCAGGAGAGUGCGGCUGUUGUUGAAACGUGGAACAGGCCAGGUGCCAGAAUAUGACGAACCAAACUCCUGGAGUGCUCCCUCUGCCACCUCCCCAGGUCUGCCGGAAGUAGCUCUUUCCCUCGACGACAUAAUCUCACCAUUAUCUUCAUCACACAUAGCCCCACCCUCUGACCCUUCUCACCAGAUAAGCCCAGAGCCAACAUGGGAUAUCAAGAGGGAACACGAUGUAAGGAAACCAAAGGAGCUUUCGGUGAACGGUCACAAAAAGAAAAGGUUAGGAGAACAAAGAGAAAGGUCAGCAAGUCCUAAAAAGGUAGACAGGUCAAAGCACGAAGAGGCUUCUUGGAAAGGAUAUUCAGAAGGCAAAAAUAAGACCACUGAUGGUGGCAGGCCCACCUCAGAAAGCAAAGGGGUGGGACACAGCGUUAUGAUCGAGGCUGGCGCAAGAGAGCACGUGUGUGCUGGAACCAGUGAUGAACAGUUUGGGAGGCUGAGGAAGCCAGAAAGCAAGAGAGGAGGAUCUCUGAGCAAAAAAGAUCACAGAUCCACAAACACCAGUGAGAAGUCAGCGGCAGCACUCGACCAUGUCAAGAUCGAUACAGGAGCUACCAAGGCAUACGGUAGCAACCGCUGCAGCUCGCCUGGAAGUGAUAUGGACCACAGCCAGAGGGACCCUGAUGGGAAACCCAGCGAGUUCCCCAGGAAGGGACAUCUCCACUCCAUUAGCACUCGCAGCACCAACACCACAGUUCGAAAGGCAACGGUCUCUCCAGGGCCGUGGAAAAUCCCUGGCUCAGAUAAGCUACCUAGCGUCCUGAAGUCUGGUACUUCUGCCAUGAGCAGAUAA